GCUUAUUAGUAGAGACAAAUUUUGAGAGCAUAAAAAAGUUUAAGUAAAAGCAGCAAUGAACACUCCUUCCAAGCUUCUACCUUUAUUCUUGGCCCUUCUUCUCUUCCUCAUUCCCUUAACAUUCAUUCUCAACACUUCCACACAAACGUAUAAACCCUUUCAUGGCCUCACCGCCACAACUUCCAACCAUAGACACAAAAACAUUGACCACUCAUUCUCCGUUUCUAAAGCAAUAUCUCUUAAUAUAACUCACUGUUUUCCUGCUGAGUUACCUUCUAAUCCAAUAACAGACAACCAUUGUUGUCCAUCUAAACCAUCUUUCUCCAAUCUCAUAGAUUUCAAAGAUUUUGCUUCUCCCAAUGCCACACUGCGAGUCAGGAAACCAUUUCACAUGCUUGAUGAACAAUACAUAGCUAAAUUUGAAAAGGGCAUUGCACUCAUGAAAGCCCUCCCUCAAGAUGACCCACGUAGCUUUAUUCAACAAGCUAAGGUUCACUGCGCCUAUUGCAACGGGGCUUAUCACCUUGAGCCCCCUUUUCAAGACACAAAAUUCGACAUUCAUGUGUCAUGGUUUUUCUUUCCAUUCCAUCGUUGGUACAUGUACUUCUUUGAACGAAUUUUAGGGAACUUAAUCGGUGACCCUCACUUUGCUUUACCAUUCUGGAAUUGGGAUUCUGCAGAGGGCAUGCAAAUGCCAUCUUGUUUCACAGACCAUAACUCCUCACUUUACAACCAACUCCGACACCAGAAACACUUGCCACCCCACGUCGUUGACCUCAACUAUCAUCUUGAAGACAGCUACGUCCCUUCUCAGCAACAAGUUUCGUAUAAUUUAGCCACCAUGUACAAGCAAAUGGUGCUUGCAAGCACCACAGAAUUGUUCAUGGGAAGCCCUUUUCGGCUAGGGGAUAAUAACCCUCAUCCUGGUAUGGGUUCUGUGGAGGUUGCUCCACAUAACACUCUUCAUUCAUGGAUUGGUGGGGCUGAUACUCCGCACCAUGAGGACAUGGGCACGUUCUACACAGCUGCUAGAGACCCCAUUUUCUAUGUUCAUCACGCGAACAUGGAUCGAAUGUGGGCGAUAUGGAAAACACUGGGAGAAGGAAGAAGGGACUAUAGUGACGAAGAUUGGUUAGAUUCCGAGUUUUACUUCUACGAUGAGAAUGCUGAUUUUGUUCGUGUUAAGGUAAGAGAUUGCGUUGAUACUAAAAAGUUGGGGUACGUGUACCAAGAUGUUGAUCUUCCAUGGUUACGUACGCCACCCACAUCACGAAAAAGUAAGCUCCUGAGACAAAGGAAGAAGGAUGAGGUUUUGAGUUGGAAGCCGAUAAAGUUUCCUUUGGUUUUGGAUUCCGUAACGAGUGUCAUUGUUAAGAGGCCGAAGAAAAAAAGGAGCAGGGAAGAGAGAGAAAAAGAGGAAGAGGUUUUAGUGAUGGAAGGGAUUGAGUUUGGAAGUGAUAAGUAUGUUAAGUUUGAUGUUCAUGUUGAUGAUGAUGAAGAGAGGUUGAGUAAUCCAGAUGAGACAGAAUUUGUGGGAAGUUUUGUGAAUGUGGCGCAUGGACAUGGCCAUAACAUCACCACUACCUUUAAAGUUGCCAUAUCCAAAGUUCUGGAGAAUUUAGAAGUUGCAGAAGACGAUGAUGUGCUCGUUACUUUGGUACCUCGCGUGGGACAAGGAGACCUAAUCCUGGGAAACAUCAAAAUUGAGUUUUUUCCAAGAGAGCUCAAGGAUUAAUUAAAUUUCAACUACCCAGUAAGUUCAGGUAUUUUUAAGUGAAUUUGUGUUAAAUUUUUUUAUUUAUUAAAUAUUUAAAAAUUUUAUAUUUGUUAAUUAA